AUGACGUGGUCCUGUAAUCCAGAAUUAGCUUCGAGAGUGACACAGGAUUACGUUGCGAGUGGUCCUCUUUUGUUUAAUGCAAUACAAGGAUUUUUAGCUGCGCAAUGUCUUUUAGCUCCAAUAAUGUUCCCGGAGCCAACAAUAUCUGAUAUUAAAAAAAUUGCCAAUACAACAUUCGAUUUUAUCAUAGUAGGAGCAGGUACGGCGGGUGCGGUUGUUGCUAACCGUCUUUCAGAGGCAAAUUGGUCUAUUCUUUUACUUGAAGCUGGUGGCAAUCCAACUUUAGGGACAGAAAUUCCAGCUUUAUACGUCAAUAACUAUGAAACCAAAGUAGACUGGAAUUUUCGAACUGAACCACAAAAGUAUGCUUGUCUUAAUUAUAAAGAUCAAAAAUGUUACUGGCCCAGAGGAAAAGUAUUGGGAGGCACCAGCAGUAUUAAUGGAAUGUUCUACUUGCGAGGUAACAAGCAGGAUUACGAUGAUUGGUCUUCCACAACAAGCACAGACUGGAAUUACGAGUCAGUCUUAGAAUAUUUUAAGAAAAGUGAAAAUAUAUUCUUACUAAACGACACCAUGGACUUUGAUAUGAAAUAUCAUGGCUUAAAUGGUUAUCUAAAUGUGCAGUAUAACGGUAAAAUUCAUCCACUAGAACAAGUUAUAAUAGAUGCCAAUAAAGAACUAGGUAGUCAAUUUGUAAAAGAUUUUAAUGGCAACACUCAAAUGGGAGUCGGUAUAGCAUUCACGACUUUAAAAGACGGGAAAAGACAAAGCACCAGUAAUACUUUUCUAAAACCAAUAAAAAAUCAACAUAAUUUACAUGUUUUGCCAAACGUGUUUGUAGAUAAAAUUAUAUUUGAUAAUAAUACAGCUAAAGGUGUACAUAUUAGAACUAAGUAUGGAUAUAGUAAAGUAUUUGCUACUAAAGAAAUUAUUUUAUCCGCUGGAACAAUAAACUCACCCGUUAUCUUAUUAAAUUCAGGAAUGAAACGAAGACAUUAUGAUAAUAACGAUUUUAAAAGAGAAGAAAUUAUUUUACCUAUUGGAGAAAAUCUUCAAGAUCACAUUUAUGCACCGAUUUUCUAUAAAACGAAAAGUUCCGACGAUGCGAAUACUCUUGAAAAUAUUUUCAAAGCUUAUUAUCAAUAUAUAACGGAACAAAAAGGUCCUCUUAGUGACUUAAGCCCGCAUAGGGUUAUCUCUUUUAUAAAUACUACCGAUUCAAAUUCAAAGACUCCAGAUAUACAAAACCAUUUCUUUGUCGCAUACCCAAAUCAAUCUAAUAUAGUAGAUUUAUUUGGUAAGCACGCUCUUUCUAGUCAAUUUUUAAACAUGUUCGCCGCCCUUAACAAAGAUCAUUUGAUUAUUACAAUUUUUGUAACACUUUUACGACCAAAAUCCAAAGGUGUUAUUGAAACAAAUGAUAUUGAUAGCAGUGUUAAAAUUAAGGCGAACUAUUUAGAAGAUCAAGAUGACUUAGAAACAUUGAUCCGAGGUAUGAAACAUGCUAUGAAAUUGGAAAAGACAGAAGCUUUCAAAAAAGCAGAUCUAACACUACACUGGUUUGAAAUUGACGCUUGUGCACCUUAUGAUAAGAAAUCUGAUCAAUUCUUGGAAUGUAUAGCCAGGCAUUUAACAGGAACAUUAUAUCACGCAGUGGGCACGAAUAAAAUGGGAUCAAUGGACGAUUCUAGUUCCGUAGUAGACGAGACAUUAAAAGUUAGAUUUGUUAACAAAUUAAGGGUUAUCGAUGCAAGUAUAAUGCCUAACAUUGUUAGAAGCAAUCCUAUGGCAGCUGUUAUAAUGAUAGCUGAAAAGGGUGCAGAUUUUAUAAAGAAAGACUGGAUGAAAUAA